AUGAAUCAAAGAAACUCUUCAGUUCAAUCAAGAAAGAGGUUUUCAAAAAAUUCCUUGAUUCUGUCACAUGACAGUAAUUCCAAAUUAAAAACAUUGCCUUCAUCAACAUGUAUAUCAGAUUCUGCAACGGCGGAUCUGACGGCAGAUCUGUUGGAAGAUAGCAAAAUUAUGCUUGGUUAUGGAAAAUCUUCUACUCAUGUUAAUAAAAUGGUUUCCAAUGCGAAUCUUUCCGCGAGAAAAUUGUGGAACAAUUCGUCCAAGAUGACCAGAAAUUCCGUUGCUAUAGAUGACGUAAUCGAAGAAGAAAGUGAGCUCAUUGGCAUAUUGACGAAACAACUGCAUUUAGCUGAGUUACAAAUGCGAAAAAUGCAAACUGUUUUGACGAAAGCUGAGGAAGGCUUGCGAUCUAAAGAUCAGGAAAUUGGACGCUUAAAGCGGAAGAUUAAAGAAUGGGAAACUAAAUAUAAAAGUCAGGAACUUUUGCGAAAGAAAGAGCAACGAAGUCAAGCUAAAAAUUCCGAAUAUUUUUAUCAACGAUGUCUAACGUUAGAACAUAAGAUCAGCGAAAUGGAGAAGUUCUUAGCUGAUUAUGGAUUAAUAUGGGUGGGUGACGCUAAAAAUACGACAAACAUAGAUGGUAGCAAUAAUUAUAUCAACACCUGUUAUGAGCAGUUAAUUGUGAAUAUCGAUCAGUUGAACCUAGCUGCGGGAAAGGGUGAAGUUCACAUUCAUCAUAAUGAGAAAGGAGGAGGAGCGACAUUCAAAACUCCUUCCUGCAUGGUAUUGAAGUUUUAUAAAAAUGGUAUGUGCGUCAAUGGAGGAUUAUUGCGAUCUUAUCAUGAUCCGACUGUAGUCUCGUUUAUCCGUGAUAUUCUGGACGGAUAUUUUCCAUCUGAAUUGCAACAAGAAUAUCCUGACGGAGUGCCCUUUAUGACAGAAGAUCGCAGAACAGAAUUGUAUAUAGAUGAUUCCGUUAGUUUUCCUGGUCAAGGAUAUCGUUUGGGAAAGCAAUCUCCAGUAGAUAACUUGUUAUCGACAAAUUUACGCAGAUCAAAUAGCAUUUACCAUAAAUAUGCUCGUACAAACCCUUUGCCGAAAGAUAACACUUCCGAGAACAUUCCGCUUUUAUCACUUCCAAGCCGUAAGCCUAAUCUGUGCUAA